CGUUUUCCUUCUCAAUUUAUCUCUAAGCCCUUUCGUUUCCCUUCUUUUACACUGUGCUCCCAAACUUUUUGAGUGGCAUAUUCGUCAGGAUACUCAGAUUGUCUCUGUGGACCUCUCGGGAUCUGCAACGAUGAACGCCAUGCCAAUCACUCCAGCUGAUAUUCUUCAAGAUCACGUCAACGGAAGCGAUUCCGACACGAACAUCGAAGACGAAGAUGCGCCGGAAUACUACCAGCCAAUCUCCGCCAUCGACGACGACGAUGACGAUGAAGAUUCCGAACGGAACAACGAAUCGGACAACGAGAAUCGCCGCGAAAACGGAAACGGCGAAGCGGCUGAAUUUCAGUCGGAGCGGCUGUCAAACGAUCACUACUACGCGAGCCAAGCGGAGAAUGGAAUGUCGUCCCUAAGUCUGCACAACAACGACUCGGAUCGCAACAAAAGCGGUAGCGAAGAUGAAGAAGAGGAGGAAGAAGACGAUGCGAGGAUUGUAAUAACGCCUGAUUCGGCGAUUAUGAGAGCUUUUAGGGAGGACGAGAAUCGGAGGAAUGCGCCGUUGACGCCGGAGAAUGCGACGAGAGUAAUGGAGGCCAUGCGUGGGAUUUCUUUCAGCGGUUUGGCUCCAGAUUGGGUAGACCGAAUACCUGAGGAACGCUGGAUCGAUCAGCUUCGAAGAUUGAGGCAGCCACCGUAAGCUUAAAGCAAUUUUUCCAAUGGAUUUGGGAUUGAAUUCCUCUGUUUUCUUUGCUUGAAAUUUAUAUAUGAAUAUAUUUUUUUGGGAGAGUUACUUCUUUUGGAUGAA